AUGUUGUCUCGAUUCAUUCUCUCAAGACGAUUGAAAUCACUUGUGUUUUCUUCACAGUACAACUUACGAUCUUUUGCUUCAAGAUCGGGUCUUCAAGAAGAUCGAACCAAGCAAGUAGUGGAAGAUAUCAAGCGUUUAAAAUACCAACUUGAAUCCAAAACAAAACAAAAGUCUGCUCCUUUUGAAAAAGUUGAUGAUCAAGACAUUGCUGCUAUUUAUAGUGAAUUGGCUGCGCCUAUACCUGUUCGACCUAAAAUCAGUUCUGAUUACUUGGAAAGAUUACAUGUCAAGUUUUUAGACACUCGCUCAUUAUCAGGAAAUACAGUACCCUUAUUAGAAGAAGGUGAACAAGAGAACGUACCUUCUAUCAAGAAUGAUCAGACAAUGCAAGAUUUGAAUGUUCAUGAUUUUGAGCAAUUGAUCUAUGCUAAUGCAUUAGCAAAAAGGCCUUUAGAAGCACAAAAAGCAUUUGACCUUAUAGAGGCAAGUAAAUCAAAAUACAACAUGACACCCAGUAUAAAAGCAGUGAAUCAUUUAAUGGAUGCUUAUGCGAAUGUCAAUGACCUUGAGCAUGUCAUUGCUUUAUUUAAAAGACUGGAUACAUUGGGACUAAAAGCGGAUAUUUACACUUAUGGAUUACUUGUCAAGGCUUUUGUGGCUAAUCAGCGUAUGGACGAUGCUUUUAUUUUGUUUGAAAAAAUGAAGGAUAAUUCCAUCAUUCCAUCUCAGCCCAUCUUUUCUAAUUUGAUCAGUGGUUGUUUAAAAGCAAAUCAAUAUGAUAAAGCAUGGCAAGUGUUUGAUUCCAUGCGACUUUCUUAUCAUCAACCAGACGAAGUUAGUUUUACACUCAUGCUUCAUGCUUGUGCUAAACAAGGAGAAGUAGAGCGUGCCCUCAAUUUGUUUGAAGAUAUGGCAGGCUAUCAUUUAUAUCCUACCGAUGUGACAUUUAAUGUGCUUAUUCAUGCUUGUGCUAGACGCCCCGAUUAUUACCAUGAAGCAUUCAGUCUACUGGACCAAAUGCAAUCCACUUAUGGAUUCCAACCUGAUAAAGUGACGUUCAAUACACUCUUAACAGCCUGUGCUAGAAAAAAGGACUUGAAAAGAGCAAGAGAGAUUUUGGAAUGGAUGUGGAAAGAUGUAGAACAACAUGGAUCUGAUUCUUUACUUUCGCCAGACCAUCAAACCUAUACAAACCUGUUUUGGUGUUAUGCUAGUUAUCACCCUACUCCCACAACGCACAGAGUAUCCAGUGUGUCUGAUACAACAGCUUUAUCCACAGAACAUCAUUUGCUUCCUAUUCAAGUCCCUCAUAAACGAUCUCAAGUGGUCAAAGAAGCACAAUGGUUAUUUCAACAGCUCCCCUCUCAUGUUCAAAGAACAUCGGCUCUUUUGACUGCUUAUUUAGCCCUUCAUAUCUCACAAAAGCAAACUGCGCCUUGUGUUGACAUUUAUACCCAUUUGUUUGACAAAUGUCAUGUUCAAAGAGAUGGGUUUACGUUCCAGCAUAUGCUUCAAUUAUGUUAUCGAACAAAAGAUGCUUCUUUGGCUUGGAAAGUAUGGGAAGAUUAUCAAGACUUUUUAGAAAAUAGAGAAAUACAGUUCGAUUUAAAGCCAAACUCAGUAUCUGAACAAAAGGCUUUGGAUAUUAAACGACAUACAUUAGCCACAAGCGAAGGAUGGACAGAGACACAACAACAACAAUUGGCUAUCUUGAUGGCCAAUACACUGGGAAGAUGUGAUGAUGUAAGAAAUGCCAUUGGUAUCUUAUCCACUGAAUUACGUCGCUUGGCUCUAAAUCCACCAACAUUACGUGAUGUGAUGCCAAUCUAUAACAAAUGUAUUCAACUAGAGAAUCAAGAAGCCAAGCAAGAACUAAUGCAUCUGUGUACUAAAGAACAAAGACGUACGAACAUGAAAUUCAAACGAAUAAACACAACUGUCUAA